AUGACGAAUCCAGUACUCGAUGUUUGGAACUUUUAUGUAUUGCCCUGGCUACCACAACAACAUGGACAACGUUUACUUCAACAAGGUCGCAACCAUAAGCUAGCGACGAUCUCUACAGCGAUCAUGAUCAUCGGCCUCUAUUUUGCAUACGAUAAGAUUGCACGACCUCCUCGUCAUCUACGCCAUAUUCCUCGUAUAGGAUUCUUUCGAUACAUUUCAGCAGUAGCCCGAGGCAAAAUGGUAGAUGAAAUUGCUCGUGAUAUCACGCUACCUGCUGCAACAAAGGCUGAAGGUGGUAUCUAUAUGCGAUUUGAUGAACAUGGUUGGGCUGUUCAUGUUGCUCGCCCUGAAGCUGCCAAGCGCAUGUUGCUCAAAAUGGACAUCUUUCCAAAAAUUGAUCUCGUCAAGCGUGUGGGACCCACUCUUUUCGGCAAGUUUGCCUUUGGAGACAACAUUGUAUUCUUAAAUGGCGCUCAUUGGAAAGCUCAACGCAAGAUUGCCAGCCCUGCAUUUAACCGAUCGAUGCCAGUGCAAAAAUUUGGUCGACUUAGUCAAAAGCUGUUCGCCGUGAUGGAUCAAGAGCAAGGACCCGUUAAUUUUCAUGAUUUCGCUCAGCGAUGGACCCUCGAUGCAAUUGGGAUCAAUGGGUUCGGCUUUGAUUUUAAUGCCACCGGAGAUCCACAAGCCGAGUGGUUGCAGCGCUACAACAAGUUUGUGCAAGCUAUGCUGAAUCCGUUCUUUAUCUUUUUCCCGAGCAUGGAUAGCAAGCAUGUAUCGUGGUUUCCAAAGCGGAAACAUGUGCAUGAUGAGCUCGGCAAGUUCCUAAAACUGAUCGACGACGUUAUUGAGAACAAGCGUGCCUUCCUUGAAAACACCACUCUUUCCGAUAUCCCUGAAGCUGAGCGAGACAUUCUUACGUUGAUGCUGGAAGCUGAAAGCGCUGAGGAUGGUAGACUAACCGAUGAAGAAUUACGUAGCAACAUUUGUGUCUUUUUCCUUGCAGGACAUGACACAACGUCAAAUGCAUUAUCUUAUGCUUGCUACUACUUGGCCAAAAAUCCAGACAUACAGCAAAGAGCUAGAGAAGAGGUGCUUCGAAUUCUUGGAGAUACACCAGAAGACGUAUUGCCAACGCUUGAACAAAUCAAGGAGAUGAGAUUUAUUAACCAAGUCAUCAAAGAGACGCUACGUAUCAAUCCACCAGCGACUGGUAUUGUCCCACGCCGAGUAGAAGAGGAUACAGAGUUGUGUGGUGUCUUUUUACCCAAAGGCACGAAUAUCACGCUUGACAUCUUUGAGAUUCACAAUAAUCCAACUGUGUGGCAGGAUCCACGUCGUUUUGAUCCGGAUCGUUUUGCCAAAGGUGGCGAAGCAGAUCAGCUGGCUGGCUUGGGUCUUUCAUGGUUGCCAUUUUCCAACGGGUCCCGUCAGUGUAUAGGCAUGAAUUUCAGCUUGGCGGAACAGCGAGUGCUCCUUCCCAUGCUGUUACACAAAUACGAGUGGACAUUACCCGAAGAUUCUAUCCAUAAGGAAAAGCUGGUUACUGAAGGGAUUGGUCUCAUCAAACCAAAGCAAUUGCACGUCAAUUUCAAAAGACGUUAUUAG